GCUAAGGUAUUUCACUCCAUUGUUCGGAUUGUUACAUUACAGUGGAUCUGGAGAAAGCAAGCAAGAGAUAUGGCACCCCAAGAAAUCGUUCAAAAAUAAGGCCAACAGGAAAACCAGCAGUAAGUCAUCCACUACUGAACGGCGAGUCCCCGCCAUGCCCGACUGCAAGUUCCCCGAAGAUGUGAUGCUGUGCAUCCUCACUCGCCUUCCCGCCAAGUCCAUCUGCCGCUUCAGGUGCGUGUGCAAGCCCUGGCUUGCCCUCUUCGCCACCCCCCGCUUCGUCUCCCUGCACCUCAGCGCCGCCGCCGCCUCAAACCCCUCCCUCGUCAUCCACAGCAUCACCGACGACGAUGACCACGUCAUCUCCUUCUUCGGCGUCAAUGCCGCUGCCAGAGAAGCCGUGAAGGUCACCCACCCGUUCCCGGAAUUCUUCUACCACUACCAGAUGGAUCUGGUGGGCUCCUGGAACGGGCUCGUUUCCAUGGCUUUCCCGCCCCUGGGCCAGAUGAUUGUCCUCUGGAACCCUGCAACUAGGCAGUGGAAAGCCAUCCGCCUCCCGAAGGACGACGGCGGAAGCCCUAUUUUGGUGUCCGUUGGGCUAGGGUUCGAUUCCGCCACCGCCGAUUUCAAAGUGGUGAGAAUCGUAAACCUCCGCCCCAAAGGUCUCGCACCGGACGCUUGCUUGCAGCUUAUGGCUGACGUGUACUCCGCUGAUCGCGAUUCCUGGACCCGGGUGAAGCUGGGCUUCAAAUUUCACGUCACCAGCACCAGAAAUGACGCGAUCAUCGGCGGGGCGCCGUACUGGAGAGCCUUCGCGAAGGAUCUGAGCGAUCCGAGCGGGUUCGGGGAGGUGUUUGUACGAUAUGAUGUGAAGAAAGGGACGUUCAGCAAGAUCCGGGUGCCCGUGCUGGAUGUGGAUAUCCAUUCCACCACUCUUCUUGUGGAAUGGAGAGGCUCUCUCGCCAUUCUCGCCCACACGCCGAGCAGAAAGGACGACAUGGUGGACGUGGUGAUGCUGGAUGAGAAGCAGGGGAAGUGGGCGAAGAAGUACAGCCUGGGACCUGUUGGAGUUCCGGUUGCUAAGCAGAUUCAGUGCUCUAAUGGUGAGGAGAUAUUGGUGGAAACCGGGGAGGGGAAGCUUUUCUUGUUUGAUGCCAAAACCAAGAAGAUGAAGGAGGUGUACAUUGAAGAUGCUAAGCCGCUCUGUUACCAGGCGUUUAACUACAGCGAGAGCUUGGUUCAUCUCAAGGAUAUGGGGCCUGUGACAAAGGUGGAAGGACAGUUUGACUUCACGCUUGACUCUGAUGAGGAAGAAGAGCUUGUUACAUCUCAAUUGUCUUCGGUUCUCUCUUUUGCAACUUAGCUUCUCCUUUCUCCUUUCCCCUUCAUUGAUGAAGUUAAGUGCCAUGCUCUUAGUUACUUAACACUAGCUUGAGAAGUCUUAUACAGUGAUAUUUUGCCUAAAUGCAUAUCUAGUGGGAUGGUUUAAGACAUUGCUGCCCACAGAUUGGCCACAUGGAUAUAUUUUAUUGGAUAGUUUUGGUAUGCUCAUAAUACUAAUUUCAGAAUUCAUAUUAUUACUUAAAUGCUUAUCUAGUAAUUGGUGCUUUGAGUAUUUUGGCUAUUUGUUUUUUUC